UAUAGGCUACAAUGGCAGCAAAUAUCCAGUCACUCUGGAUUAACCCACACUGAGCUUCUGCGUCGCACAAACCAACAUCUGCUGGGAUUCCGCGCGUCGCCGGUUCCCUCGGAGCGCACGCCGCCACAAUAGGCGUUUUCUCCUCCCGUGGAGGUGCGGACUGGAGGACUGGAGGACUAGAGGCGGACUGGGACCCCUUUGGGAUUUUUUUUUUUCCUUUUUCUUUUUCUUUUUUCUUCUCGAUAUGGGAAUCCGAGUAACAUUUCUCCGGUGUGCGUGCACCGCGGAGGGAAUCGCCCUUUAUCUGCUGGGUAUGGAUUUCUUGAAGGACAUCGCAGGCCGUCACAGAUUCAUAGGAGCCUAGACGCAUGUUUUUUUUGGGACACCUAAAUCAUCUCCAGGAGGCGCCGUCCGUCUCAUUUUUUUGGAAAGCCGCUCUCAGGAUGCUCCCAGUCCUCCUGGGACGAAAAAAAAAAGAAGCUCAAACCCACCCCUCCUUUUGACUCGGCUGGAUGUUUCAUCUGCAAGGUGUAUUAGCCUGAGUUAAAGUGGCCAAAUGGAGUCAUUCCUGGUGUAUCUGAUAGUGCUUGGUGUGGCUACGAAGGCACACAAAGUUCAGGUCUGCCCCAAACGCUGCGUCUGCCAGAUGCUUAACCCCAAUCUGGCCACGUUGUGCACAAAAAGGGGGCUGCUGUUCGUGCCGCCGAACAUCGACCGGCACACCGUGGAGAUGCGGGUGGGGGAUAACUUUGUGACCAGUAUCAAACGCAGAGACUUCGCAAACAUGACCAAGCUGGUAGACCUGACCCUGUCCCGUAACACCAUCGGCUCCAUCGUACCCCACGCCUUCAAGGACCUGGAGAACCUACGGGCCCUUCACCUGGACAGCAACCGGCUCACCCGCAUCACCAACGACACCUUCAGCGGCAUGUCCAAGCUGCACCACCUCAUCCUCAACAACAACCAGCUCACCAACAUCCACAUCGGGGCUUUUAACGACCUGACGGCUCUGGAGGAGCUGGACCUAUCGUAUAACAACCUGGAGAGCGUCCCUUGGGUCGCCAUUCAGAGGAUGUCCAAUCUCCACACACUCAAUUUAGACCACAACAUGCUCAGCCACAUCCCGGAGGGGACGUUCGCCGGGCUGCAGAAGCUCAAGAGGCUGGACGUGACCUCCAACAAGCUCCAGAAGCUUCCUCCCGACCCCAUCUUCCAGAGAGCGGGGGUCCUGGCCACGUCCGGGAUAAUGGGCCCCACGUCGUUCGCGCUGAGCUUCGGGGGGAACCCGCUGAGGUGCAACUGUGAGCUGCUGUGGCUGCGGAGGCUGCAGAGGGAGGAUGAUCUGGAGACGUGCGCCUCACCGCAGCACCUCGCCGGACGUUACUUCUGGACCGUUUCGGAGGAGGAGUUCCUGUGUGAGCCCCCUCUCAUCACCAGGCACUCUCAGGAGCUGCGAGCUCUGGAGGGUCAGAGUGUGACCCUGCGCUGCAAGGCCAGGGGCGACCCUGACCCAAUUAUCCACUGGAUCGCACCAGACGGACGCCUAAUGUCCAACUCCUCAAGGGCGGCGGUCCACGCGGACGGAACGCUGGACAUCCUCAUCAGCACCGUCAAGGACUCAGGUUCCUUCACCUGCGUUGCGUCCAACCCGGCCGGAGAGGCCCAGCAGACGGUGGACAUGGUCAUCACCAAACUCCCGCACAUCGCCAACAACACGGUGGGCGAGCAGGAGCCCGACCCCGGGUCCUCAGAUAUCGCCACGGUGACCAAGACGGGGGCGGGGACGGAGGCCGGAGGGGUUCCUCUGGGGAACGCAAAGACCAGCCCGGAGAAGAAAGUGGUGAUCGCCGAGGCCACGUCCACCUCAGCGCUGGUCAAGUUUCACUUCCACAGGAGUAUUCCUGGGAUCCGCAUGUUCCAAAUCCAGUACAACGGGAGCUAUGACGACUCACUGGUAUACAGAAUGAUACCCCCGACCAGCAAGAGCAUUCUGGUGAACAAUCUGGCGGCUGGCACGCACUACGACCUGUGCGUGCUGGCCAUCUAUGACGACCAGGUGACCUCGCUGACCGCCACCAGGGUGAUCGGCUGCAUCCACUUCACCACCGACCCGCAGUACCUGAGAUGCCAUUUCAUGCAGUCCCAGUUCCUCGGCGGGACCAUUGUGGUUAUCAUCGGAGGGAUUAUCGUGGCCUCCGUGCUCGCUUUCAUCAUCUUCCUCAUUGUCCGCUACCGGGUGUGUAACCAAGGAGAUGCAGAUAAGGCGCUUGAGAUGGGGGAUAUUCGAUCCCUGAGCAGUGACGGACAGCUGCAGGGCUGCGGGAUUCCCAAGUCCCUCUCAAAGCAGGUGCUGCGUCCAGAGAAGAACGACAAGGACUGCCUGCGGGUGGCCCUGCCCCCGCCGGAGCCCACCAAGCAGCGGCCGCCCGUCACCGCGGCCGCCACCAAACCCUCCGUCCCCGACUGCACCGUCUCCACCUCGGCGGGGAGUCACAGCUGGCACCCGGCCUCCCCGGGAGCCCCGAGGCCCAAACGCUUCAGCGCUCCGCCCAAGCCCUCGGAGGCCCGGCGGGCCGAAGCCCACGCGGACGUCGAGCUGGACAACAUGAACCGGAAUAACUCCUCGGAGGUCAAAGCAGCGGCCGCCGCCGCCGUUGCUCUGGCCGUGCCGGGCCACCCGCCCAAAUGGACUGCCGCCCCCAGGGGCCCGCGGCCCCAGCAGGCGUCCCGGCAGUACAUGACUGUGCCCGCGGGGGGGGCGCGGGUCAACCGCAGGCACUCCAUUAACGCGGACUCGUACAGGGAGCGCUGCUACGUGACGUACCCCAGGCCCGGGGCCGGCCUGCGCUCCAAGCGCAGCCUGUCCAUGAGCGGAGACCUGCCGCAGCUCGACGGCACGACAAACAUCCACCGUGCCCGGGACAAACUCUCCAGGAACUGGUGUGGGCACAACAACAACAAAAUAAAGAAAAGAAAAAAAAGGGAAAUAGCGGCACAGUGGCCCCAGAGCAAUUGUUGGAUCCACCGCCAUCGUCUGCAGCAGAUCAAAAAGAGCCUCAGCAGAGCAGAUGUUUUCCCCCAGUUCCCAGGACAACUGACUGAAGCUCCAGACAGAGAGAGGAGCAACUCCGGGACAGAUGAGGAUUACAAGAUGUAGCAGUCCCACUCAUUGGCACAGCAUUGUCUCUUUUGUCAACUGAGCAGCUCUACACGCCCCCAUCUGGCCAGAAGUGGUAUUGCUGCAUAGAGUGGCUUUAAGUCUACUAAAGCCUGUGGGAUAUAAGGUUCCUAAUGAUGUUAAAGUUCUGUAUUUCUCUGAUUUUACAGAUGAUGUGAUUAAGAAGGAAGACUGGUAUCUGUGCAAAAUAUUGCUAAUGGCCUGUAAAAAGACAAUCACCAAGAACUGGUAUAAACCUGAGACCCCAGGUCUUAAUCAAUGGAUGGACAGAGUUAUAGAAAUAUAUGCUAUGGAGAAGAUGACUUUCUGUUUGAGGUCCAAAGGAGCGAUCUUCCACAGGAAAUGGGUGAAAUGGUCUGCAUUUAUUGGAGGAAUAGAGGACGCUAUCAGUUUAACAGGUCAUUUGAGCUGAUUGGACAUUGUCAUGACAUAACAUCAUCUACAUAGGAGCCCCCAUGUUUCUGUCUGUUUUUUUUUUUUGUUUGUUGUAUAAGCUGAAAAUACUAAAUAAAAAGUAAAAAAAAAAAAGAAGUCUACUAAGGCCUGGAAUAUACUUGCAGUUUGUCCGAGUGUUUGCAUCUGUUUGUGUACACAACCAGCUGCAUUGAGAGCGUUUCUUGGUUCAGUACUAUGUGGCCUGUACGUGUGAUACCAGCAGCCUCCACUUUGGGCCAGAAAGUAAACUCAGGUUUAGAGAAAAUAACCAUAAAAUAUACAACAAGGAAACUGUUGAAAGGGGAAGUUAUAUUUUUUUUUGUCAUUGACAUGUAUUGAGGAAAUAAAAAAAA